AUGAAGGUGAACCCGCUAGCUGAUUGGACGCUGGAGGAGGUCUGGCACUACAUCCGGUCACGAGGCUUGGCCUACAACCCCCUGCACGACAAGGGCUUCGCCAGCAUAGGAGACACGAUGAACACCCGGGCCAUCGGAGAAGGCGACGCUGAGCGGGCUGGCCGUUUCAUGUACAGCGGUAACAAGACCGAGUGCGGCAUGCACGCUCAUCAGGCCAGGAUGGACGCCGUGCGCAGGGAGGCGCUUGAGAAGAAGGAGCCGCUCAAGCUGCCCGAGCUGCCGUGCAAGGAGUGCGUGGAUGUGUCCCCCGACACGUUCGAGGGUGUCGUCCUCGAGGCGCAGAAGCCCGUGCUGGUCGAGCUCUUCUCCCCGCUGUGCGGCCACUGCCAGCACUUCGCCCCGGAGUUCGACCGCGUCGCGGCCCAGCUUGCCGGGGCUGGGCGAGUUCUGCCGGCGAGGAUGGACAUCUUCACCCACGCCCUGCCGCAGGCGGCGCUGGACGCGGGCUUCAAGCUGGCCGCCUAUCCCACCAUCUUCCUGUGGAGACCGCUGGAGGCGUCCGCCGGCCGCAAACCACUGCGCAAGUACAAGGGCGCCAAGACGGCGGACGCGUUGCUCGCGUGGGUGGACCAGGUGCUCGCCGGAGUGACGGCGACCACGGCCAGAACCAACACGGCGUCGCCUGACGUCGUCGGAAAAGGACAGCGUCUCGGGCGGAGCGGCAUCAGGGUCGGCUCGCGCGGCACGCUGCGGCUGCCCUGGGACAGCGUCUCGGGCGGGGCGGUAGCGUACUGCGCUGUGGCUGCGAAAUCGAUGUGGGCGUCCAACUCGGCCAGCUCGUCGAACGGGCACCUUGAACUGGAGGCGGGGAAUCUGUCCACGGCGCCAAGGCCUGCGGACGCAGCAGGAGGGCGGCUCCGCGCCACGGGGAGCCAGCGGGAGGCUGGCCACCACAGCAGCCACGGCCAGUCGCUUGACAUUGUGAUUGCGUUGAAGUACGACACGGCGGACGAGGGCGUGCGGGCGUGGCUGCGGGCGGUGCUGGCGGCGGUGAGCAGCGCCGACCUCGCGGCGGGGCCCGUGCUCCUGCACUGCCGGAGCGGCAGGGACCGCACCGGAGUCGCCACGGCGGCGGUGCUCGCACUCCUCGGGGUGCCCGACUCCGCCAUCGUCGCGGAGUUCUUGCUGUCCAGCGGGGCGGAGGGCGCCAACAUACGCCGGGCCCUGGCAGGCUUCUGCGCGGCGGGCGGCGCGGCAGCCUACCUCGGGGGGCCAGGCGCCCCAGACGUCCGCGCCAAGUUCUCGGCGGAGGGGGCGGGGCCGCUCGAGCUCGGCUGGCUGCGGCGAGACGUCGAGCUGGCCUGCCGCCUGGCCCGGGACGCAGGCAGAGGGGGCCCCGCGGAGGUGGACGAGGAGGCCGCGCGGUACUGGAGGAGGGAGGCGGCCUGCGCCAGCGGCCUCCUGGCGGGCAGGGUGGCGGUGGGCCACGACGCGGCGGCGGCGCUGUUCUGCAAGGGCUGGGCCCUCGGCCAGACGGUCUGGCAGGCUCCGGGUCGCGGGCCCGACGCGGCGGCGGUGACGGAGGCUCGGGAGGCGCUCUCGCUGGCCAGCGCCUUCCUCGACCGGGCUGCCGCUGCGGAGGGGCCUCGGGCGGGCGGCAAGAGCGAGGGCCUCCGGAGGAAGAUCCAGAGGGAGCUCGCGGCGCUGCCCGCGGGCGACGGGCACGAGCUGGGCGAAGAGCUGACUGUCCUCGACGUGGCCGCCGCCGCGGAGUCCCCCGGAGAUCCGCACGCGGGCCGCCUGGUCCUGCUGGCGACUUCUGCAGGGGGCCGCUGGAGCACGCUGCCCUGCCCUGCCGCCUUCUCCUGGCUUCGCUGUGGCGAGCUCGCGGCAGCAGCGACGCCGGCCAGGCAGCACCUGCUUGCGUUGGACGCGCUUGGGCUCCGGCACCGCGUCGGGGCAGAGCGGCUCGGCGCGCCUCGGGAGCCAGUCGACCACUGGGAGGACGUGGUGGCGCAGGUUGCCAAGGCUUUGGCAGGGGGCUCCGGCUGCCUGGUGUACUGCCCGAAGAGCAAACAACGGCGUACACACAAACUUUCGACGCUCCGCGCGGACCGUCAAAAGUUUAGGUGUAUGCAGUCUUUUGUUCGUCCAACUGCGGCGACGGGUUCGGGGCAUCUGGCGUGGCCCUUGCUUGCUUCCUUGUUGCGCACGGGCUGGACGAGCCCGUGGCGGCCGCGGCCAGUCAGCCCAAGAUGACCGCGGGCGAGGCGGUGGAGGUCGUGCGGGCUCUGCGUCCAGGCUCUCUGGCGUCGCUGGAGCACGAGGCUCAGGUGCAGCAGUUUGCGCAAGUGGCGUGGGGGAGGCAGAUCUCGAAAGUGCAGCAGGCGUUCUCGGGGUCCUCCCCCGCGCCCGAGAGGCCCCAGGCGCCCACGUCCGCCAGAGUGGUGAAGCAGCCUGGCGACGGCAACUGCUUGUACCACUCGCUGGCCUACGGCCUCGGCGCCCCCACGGUGGCAGCCGCGGUGCUGCGAGGGGCCAUUGCCGGCUAUAUGGAGGAGCACCCCGAGUUGCUCAUCGCGGGGACAGCCUUGGGGGAGUGGAUUCAGAUGCUCACUGGUCAGAACGUCACCCAGUAUGCGCGGAAGAUGGCCAAAGGGUCGCAAUGGGGAGGCGCCCCAGAGAUGGCGGUUUGCUCGAAGAUGAAGAAUGUGAACAUCCACGUCUAUGAGCGUCGCGGCGCAUCUUUCGAGCUCACUGUUCCCUUUGACGUGGGCAGCAGCCAGACUGUCAGAGUGCUUUACGUUGGUGGGGUGCAUUACGACGCUUUGGUUUUCUGAUUGCUGGGUGGCAUUGACGGGGCCAGGAUUCGUCUGAGGAGGUCGGCAGCUUUCUUUCCUUCAGGAAAUGUGCAGCUCUGCUGGUCUGUACAGGCUCAGGGAAUGGCCCCGACGUGCACCAA